AUGGCGUUCAAACUUCGACGAAAUGCAAAAGCUUUCACACUUGUAGCAGCUUCUAUUCUUCUGAUUACUAUCGUCUCUUUCCGAAGAAAUAAAGAUAACAGCUUUGCUGUCCAAACCAGGUUCAUCGCCCGUACAGACACGUUAGACAUUCUCCGUGGUGGCUUGUUUGAUGCCUUAGCUAAAGUGAGUGAAUCCGAAGGCGGACUCGGGCGUUACGGGCCCUUCUUGGGUAAGCCAAGAAGUCAAUCGCGAGUAGAAUGUCGUCGAACGCCUUUCCUUUUGAUUGAGGUGCACUCCAGGCCGAGUAACUUUAAGAGAAGGGAAGCAAUCAGGUUUUCCUGGGGACAACCAGAAAAUGUUAUCAACCAGGCGGGGAAUUUUCCACAAGGGAGGUCUUGGAAAACCGUGUUCAUGAUUGGCCGUAGCCAAAACAAGACCAUUCAAUCAGCUCUCGAUUUCGAAUCCAAGAAAUCAAGUGAUAUUGUAUUUGGCGACUUCGAGGAUUCAUAUUCAAAUCUUUACAAGAAAAUGGUUCUUGGAAUAAGGUGGGCACACACCUUUUGUACAGCGGACUACAUCCUAAAGACAGAUGACGACUGCUACAUAAAUGCGCAUGCGCUGAUCACUUGGCUUGACUCAUACCACAUGGUUAACGCGUCACAACCGCUUUACACGGGAAGGCUAGUUGAAGACAGGAGGGUUAUUCGAGACAAAGAAGACCGCAACUAUCUUUCAAUGGAAGAGUAUCCCGACGCCGAGUUCCCGGCGUACAUCGCGGGCGGGGGUUACCUGUUCAGCGGUUUUCUCCUAUUGCGGCUCAUCUCUGGGUCUAAGCGCGUCAAAAUGUUUCCGGUGGAGGAUGCGUGUUUCGGUACUAUCAUGAACGAGAUACGGGUCCGCCCGACCAACGAUUUGCGAUUUCUUCCUUUUAUAUUUUGUGGGUUUGAUAAACAGGGAGACUGGAGGGAUAUCUACGUGUUGGAGAGACCGUUGUGCGAACUUCUCGGACCGUUCGUUAUCCACGGGCUGCGACCCGAAGGUCAAAUAAACUUACAUUACAACGUGCGAAUCUUGACUGCUGUAUCGCGCUUCUGCAGUUUGUAUCAAAGGAAGGCGUGGCUUUGGGCUAAACAGAAAUGCGACGAGAAUAUUUUAGAAACAUCAAGAUAUAUCCGGAAGACCCCGAGCAGUAGCCUUGCGUCGAGCGUUUCACUGACUGCUUGGGAUCUAGCGAUCCGGUAACUCAAAAAAGUCGAGCUAGCAGUCGGGUAAAAUUUGGGGUGAAGAUCCAUUUUCUUUAGAAUUAUUAAAUGGAACUCAUCCACAGUCCUGACUGUCAUAAGAUAUCGAAUAUUAUAUAUAGUGAGCAGGUAUUUUCGUGCUGUCCUCUAACGGAGAGUGACUCUAACAACGGCCAAGGGAGGGACUCGAGGCAAACCAUAUAGCAAACUAAAUAUGGUUAAAUUUUACUGAUAUGAGGUAAAAAGAUCUAUAAAAAAACAGGGUAUUUUUAUGAAAUACUGAUCCUGCUUGCAAGCGGUGAGUGAAAUUGUAUUGGAAUGUUUUCAUCAUCGGCCGUUAUCUUGGAUUAGACAUGUCCGAAGAGCCGUUAAAAUAAUCUAACGAUUUCAAAGAUAACUUACUUAGCAGUAAGUACGUAAGUGAAUUUGGUCUCCAUUUACCUUCCUCUGCAGAGUAACUAUUUUGUCUCUUUUGUCUCUUUGUAUCGAUUUGCCAAGGACACCAUAACAGCCUUCACAAAAAGCGGCACGCCUCAAUCACAACCUGGCAGUAGGAGAGAGUAUUGGCACUUGCGUAUCACGUGACUUUUUGUGACAUCACAUCGACGUCAAUAAUCAUUACGUUGGCUUAUUUACAGCCAGUCCAACGAGUACGUUACUUCCUAGACGUGACAUGAUAUCAGGAUAAUAUCCCACACUUUUAAAGGAAGAUAAAAACGAAGUCACGUGAGCUGAAGUCAUGUGACCCCCUUGACUAUUGCUAUUCAUAGAGUUUCUUGAUCUGCAGGCAAAAGUGGUGUAAUGGAAACCCCAUUACGUUGAAAUAGUCACCGCGAAUACCACUGACCAAUGAGCCACCUAUUCCUUGAAUACCGUACGCUCCUGCCUUGUCCCUGAAAAGAGAGAUCGUACCAUAAAUAUAACCCAGAUACUAAUUAUAAGUUUAAAACACCAGCUCCCUUCAGAAUUGCUACAAAUACGUCUAGAUUUCUAUACUAGAUUUUAAAAACCAGGGCCGUAGCAGGGGGUGCGGGACUGGAGGCACAUGCCUCCCCCAUAUUUUCACAAACUAGACCCUGCGCGCAGGGUUGACUGGGAUACCUGAGAUCUGCAAUUUGUUUGGGCCCUGUGUUGUGAAAAUGUAUGACAAAUAUUCUACUGCCCACCACCUUUGGAUAAAAUAACAACUAGACCCUGUGCGCAGGGUUGACUGGGAUACCUGAGAUCUGUAUUUUGUUUGGGCCCUGUGUUGUGAAAUGACAAAGAUUCUACUGCCCACCACCU